AUGAUCUCGUUCAAUGUUAAUUCCAACGAACCUCACCCCUCAAACACCAUCACCAUCAUUGGUGUCACAUACGAUGACGGUAUCAUUCUUGGUUCCACUGAUACAACUACACAACUCAAUGCUAAUGUUGUCUCGUGUCAUUGUGUGCAUGAAACAGAAAUCUUACUGAAAGAUGCGCAAAACUUUAUUCUUGAUCAAGAAAAUGUCAUGAUGACGGCAAAGACAAUUGGAACAAUGUUGUCCGCUUUUAAUUCCGGAAUGAAAAAUAUGGGACAAACUAGUGUUAUUAUCGGUGGAGGAAAGAAAAUAUUUGAGGUAAAUGAUGUUGGGAUUGUUACAGAGAAAUCCAAUUUUUGUGUAGCAGGAUAUGGGGUUGCAUAUUUGAAUAAAUUCUUGGAAAAAGAAUGGAGAAAGGGGAUGAAUGAAGAAGAAGCUGAGAAAUUGGUAUUAAAGACAUUGUCUUUAAAUAUUUCAUUUGGUGGUGUUCGUAUAUGUGGGAUUGAGACUGCGAGUGUUAAUUCGAAAGGUGUCACGAGAGUGUUUCAUCAUCGUGACACACUUCCGACUAUGCAAGAAGAGUUGGACUUGGAACAUUCGGCUGAGGAGAGGGAUGUGCUCGAAUGUGUAUGUAAACGUUUUUCUCUUUGCAUCAACCUCAAUGCGGAUGUCUAG